AUGAGGAUUUUGCUGUUGAUGUGUUUUGGGAUUGCUUGGGGAUACCCUUCGUUUCCCACAGAGACCGAGAAAGCAAUUGUCGUUCUAGUAGACGGUGUGCGAUGGGAUUAUCUCAAUGACAGCUCCUAUGCCGGAUUUAAGAGGAUAGCGGAUAAUGGUGUCAAAGCGGAGUAUGUUACACCUGUUUUCCCUUCGAACUCUUACCCGAAUUGGUAUACAAUAGUGACAGGAUUGUAUCCUGAAAGUCAUGGCAUUGUCCAGAACUACAUGUACGAUACCAAGAAAGAUGAUUUGUUUCUUAUGGCCCUGCACUCCAAUGCAUCUCAUGCACAUUGGUGGAACGAUGCGGAGCCAGUUUGGGUUACAGCUGAAAAGAGAGAUUUGAAAACUGCAGUCUACUGGUGGGAUGGUUGUCAAGUGGUCAUCCACGGAAAGAAGCCUACUAAAUGUGAAGAAUAUGCCAAUUACUGGGUGUGGGGAAAGGUGAAUCUAAUUGUGGUCUCUGACCACGGAAUGACAUCUGUAGAUUCUUCGAAAGUUAUUGACAUUGAAAAAGCUGCUGAUAUUAAAGACAUUCGGCUGAUGCUCGACCGCGGAGCUGUUUCCAUGCUUUUACCCGAAAGAGGCAGAGAGGAUAAAGUAUACCAAGACUUGAAGAAGGCCAAUGUCGAAGGUCUAACAGUGUAUAAAAAAAGUGAUAUCCCUGAACAUUAUCAUUUCAAGAGACAUAAGUUAGUGCAGCCGUUGCUUUUGGUUGCCGAUAAAGGUUAUGUUAUAAAAGCGCUUUCAGAUCCUAGAAGAAUGAAGCCUUUUGCGGAAAGAAUAUUCAAAGGCUAUCAUGGAUAUGAUCCCUACAAAGUGAAGGACAUGAGAACAAUAUUUUAUGCAAGAGGACCAUUACCUUUGAUGGUUGAUGAUUUGCAAAAUCACCUUUUGGCCAAUGAAUUUAAUGUCAGCAGUAUGCUUUUCACGGCUCUGUGGCUGUCCUUUAAAGCGGUGGCUGUAUGGCUGUCCUUGUGUUAUGGACCUUUUAUAGGAUAA